UGGUGAAAUUCGUUUAUACCGAUUUGACAACCAACGUUACAGACUCGAAACAAUACACUGUUAUGUGACAAAAGACACAUCAUGUCUGCAUUAACAUUAUUUGUCCGGAAUUUACCGUCAACUGCCUCCAACGGUCGUCUGGAAGAGAUAUUCUCUGAAGUUGGUCCAGUCAAACACUGUUUUGUGGUCAAAGAAAAAGGCUCAGAGACGAGCCGCGGAAUAGGCUAUGUCACGUUCUCAAUGUCCGAAGAUGCGCAGCGAGCCCUGCAGCAAAUCAAAGAGUACGACGGGCAGAAAAUCACCGUGAUGGUGGCAAAGAAAAAGCUCCAAGACAAGAAGAAAGGAGCCUCCAAGGAAUCAGCUGUUCGCAAAGCUCCCGCAGCAGAAACGCAAAGUGAUAAAAAGGCAAAAGCACUGAGAAAGAACAAACUGAAGGCUAGACUGAUCAUCCGAAAUCUCAGUUUUCAAUGUUCUGCGGCAGAUUUGAAGGAAAUUUACUCCAAAUUUGGGACAGUCCUUGAGGUUAACAUUCCUCUGAAACCAGAUGGUAAAAAGCGAGGGUUUGCUUUUGUCCAGUUUAAGAAUAUGCCAGAAGCAGGGAAGGCCCUAAAUGAAACAAACCUUAAAGAAAUUAAAGGGAGAAAGGUUGCUGUGGACUGGGCUGUCGCUAAGGACAAGUUUGUUGCUUCACAGCAAGCCUCAGUGAUUAAGAAAGAGGAGGCUAAAAAAGAGGAGGAAGAUGAAGAUGAGGGCAAACCACCAGAGAAAAGGUCCAAAACAGCGCUGCAGCAGCAGAGUGACUCGGAGGCAGAGAGUUCUCCGUCAGAGGAAGAGGAUGAUGACGAUGACGAUGAUAAUAAUGACGAUGACGAUGACGAUGAUGAUGAGAGGCAACACAGUGAUGCAUCUGAUGAAGAUGAUGAUGAGGAUGAUGAUGAAGACGAAGAUGAUGAAGACGAAGAUGACGAUGAUGAUGAUGAUGAUGAUGAUGAUGAAAAUGCUCAGCCUAAGAAGAGAAAGGCUCCUCCCCCAUCAGAUGUGGACCAGGGAAAAACAGUCUUCAUCAGGAACCUGUCGUUUGACACAGAAGAGGAGGGGUUAGAGGAAGCUCUGCAGCAGUUUGGAGAACUACAUUAUGUUCGGAUUGUUCUUCAUCCCCACCUGGAACAUUCUAAAGGCUGUGCCUUUGCUAAGUUUAAGUCUAAAGAGGCAGCAGAGAAGUGCAUAGCUGCAGCAGCACAAGACGACUCUGAGGCUGGGGGUCUGAAAUUGGACGGCCGGAAGCUGAACGUCGUUGCCGCGGUGAGCAGAGAGGACGCCACCAAGCUGAAGAAAAAAAAAGUGAAGACACACACGGGCACAAGGAACCUGUACCUGGCCAGAGAGGGCUUGAUUCGUGCUGGAACGACGGCAGCAGAAGGGGUCUCUGAGGCAGACAUGGCCAAGAGGGCUCGGUUUGAGGAGCUGAAGAGACAGAAACUGAAGGACAUUAACGUGUUUGUGUCUAAAACACGCCUGUGUGUUCAUAACCUGCCCAAGAGUCUGGACCAGAAAAAGCUCCGCAAACUCUGCCUCAAAGCCGCCGGGGGUGGGAAAGGCGCUCGCAUCAAGGAGUGCCGUGUCAUGUAUGACCAGAAGCCGGUGAAAGGUCAGGUGAUGGGGCGGUCACUCGGAUACGGUUUUGUUGAGUAUCAGGAGCACGAUCAUGCCCUCCAAGCCCUUCGUCACCUCAACAACAACCCCGACAUAUUCGGCCCAAGCAAGAGACCGAUCGUGGAGUUCUCUCUAGAGGAUGGACGGAAGCUAAAGAUGAAGGCAAUGAGACAGCAGAGGAGCAUGAUGAUUAAGCGUAAAGGUGGGACCAAAGACGGAGAAGCUGGUAAACAACAACAGAAUCAGAAGAAUUUUAGGAAAGAAAAGGGCUCGCCACGGAAACGCCCGGCACAGGAGGGAGUUGUGGGUAAUGUAGUCCCACAAAAAUGGACAGAGCAGGCUCACCACUCAGGCUUCAAGACGAAACCGGAGGUGGAACAUGUGGAGAUGGAGGACGGCAAAAAACGACAGAAAGUUCUGCCUUUGCCCUCACACAGAGGGCCCAAGAUCAGGAAAAGAGAUAAAGGAAAACAGCCGGCUGUUCAACCAAAGAAGAAGAUGAAGCAGAAUCAUCUGAGCAGGAAAGAGAGGAAGAUGUCUCUGGAGAAGCCAAACCAGAACCCGAAACAGAGUGGCAGACCGACAAAGGGGAAACGCAGAGAUAAAGAUCGGUUUGACAGCCUGGUGGAGCAGUACAAGAGGAAACUCACAGGCUCCUCAACUUCUCAAGGAGGUGCACUCAUAAAAAAGAGCAAAUGGUUCAGCUGAAAGUGUGUGUGUAAGUGUGUAAG